GUUUAAGAACUUGACUGAAUUUAUUUGAAAUUACAAGAUUUAUAAGACAAAAAAAGGAAAAUUAGAGGAUUGAAUUGGAAAAAAAACUGUUAAAAUUAUAAAAGCAAUGCUGUGUAUCAGGAAAAUUUAAGAACUAGGCAGCUUAUCCACUGGACUAGAAAUCUGUCCUGUUAACAAAGUUUCAUUCGGAUUUUAUAUAUCUGUUAGAUUGAAUUUAUACGUAAUUCUCAGAAUUUCCUAGACUUUAUACGUGAGUUUCAAAAUUCUUGGGGGCCGGGCCCCUUCCAGCCCUUAGAUCUGGACACACCAAUCUGACGGUUAAAGAGUGAGAAUGACUAUUUAAUUAAUGACACGGGUAGUUUGGGUAUUAUGAAAAAUUACAAAAUAUACAAACCGGACAUACAAACAGUAUAAACCAUACAACACAAACACAUGCGAACAAUACAAACUAGGGCGAUAAAACAUACAAACAUAUUUACAAACAGUACAAAAUAUACGAACUAUACAAACAAUACAAACUAGACCGACAAACAUUACAAAACAUACUAAUAGUACAAAAUGCCACUACUUACCAUACAUAAUAGUAAACUUGUAUUACAAAUCAAUGAAUACAAAGUAUACAAAUCACAAUAUAAAGUAUACAAACUAGACAAACAAACAUUACAAAUUAAAAUGUAUACAAACAAGUCAUAGAAACAUUACAACAAUAAUAAAUAAAAAUGACAAUCUAUAAUGAUAAAUGAUACAAACCGAAUUGAUACAAAAUCACAAAACAUACUUACAAACAUUACAAAACCGCCCGACAAAUAUAACAAAACAGACGUUGUCGCCGAAAAAUCUCCCAUCGCCGGGAAAUCCUCGCCAUCGCUGAAAAAUUCACCGAUGACGAAAAACUCUCUCUCUCACUGCGCGGAGCUCCAUGGAGAGGAAUGUAUUUCCCAUGACUAUUUAACCAUGUAAACAACAAGUAUCAUAUCAUAUGAUGGCGUUAUAGUAAUAGCUAGCCUAGCUCCAUUAAUAUGAUUCCAUGUUAGUAAAGUAUUUUGUAUGAAUUUUUAGCAUACAUAAUUUUAUUAUGAUGGUAAUUUGCUCAAUUUCUCUUAUAUAGGAUAAAUUGAACAUGGCACUCUAUAUGAAAUGCCAAAGUCAGCAUGGCAACAAAGUCUUUUGCUUCUUCUUCGAAACAGUCUACCGAACAUAAUGUUUCAAACAGCGGCGGAUUCGGCCCAGCCCUUUUGCUGGUAGAGAACUUAGAACACGUUAUACUUCCAGGCCCUCUCAAGUCUCACCUCCUCAUGGGCCCAGCCCUCUCUGUCUCCCCACCCAAAACCCAAUUCCAAUUGUUCCAUGUUCCUCUUUGCUCUGCCCCCAAAAAACCAAAAGUUGUUCCACCAGUCCCUCGUUGCUGAUUUCCUUCAGAAUAGAAGACCAGCAUGCAGCAUCCUAACAGUAGCAGUGUAGCAGCCAGCAGACCACCUCCCAGCCUCCACUUGUCGCUGUCGUCUCUUCUGCAAUUCUGCUCGGUGAGUUUUUCUCCAAGGCUUUGACGCGGAGCGGCGAAGGGAAAUGUAGUUGUUGCUUACUUUUUGAUCCGACCUAAUUUUGGUGCAAUUUACUGAUUAGUGAUUAGAGUGGACAUUGUGUUUUUGGCCGGCAAAAUCUGUAUUAGAGUUGGGAAUGUCGAGUUGCUUUUCUUUUACUAGUAGCUCGUUUCUGCUUAUUAAAUUUUUUGGUGGACAAUUAGAGGUCCGGCUUUUCUCAUAUAUUGUUCCUGCGGUAUUUAUAUUCAAUUCUAAUUAAGAAUCUUACCUUUACUUAGGGAGGGGUAUUGGUACCACGCUCUUCCGUGUUCGUAGGUUUACUCCCCUAUGCAUCCUGACUGAGGCCUCAUAAACAUACAUUUCCCUUAUGCAUCAUUUACUGACGCAAUUGAUUUGCCCUUCCUUCUGAUUCCGAUUAUGAUGGAAAUGCAAAAUCUGUAUUAGCCCCCCUUCUUCUUUUCACUCCGCUUAACCUUAUCCCCCUCUAGUGGUAUUUUGUUGAUAGAUUCUAUAGGAACUGGACGACCUUAUUUGGUCAAAUACCUAGCGACAAAAUCCUAGAGCGAUAAAGAGAAAAAAAUCGGUUCACUAAAUCAAAAUAUCGUAUGUACAAUUGACAUUAGUAUAAAAACUAUAGUUAUUAUAUAUUUUUGUUGACGGUACCUAAUUUUCUAUUCAAAUGCGGCCCAUUGCUUUACUUCAUCCUGGAUCCGCCGCUGGUUUCAAAUAUAGGUGUCAAUCGGGCGGGUUCGGGCUGGGUUCAAUCGGGUUCGGGUUAAAACGGGUUGCGGGUUAGUCGGGUUGCGGGUUCAUCGGGUUCGGGUUCAAACAGGUUGCGGGUUAGUCGGGUUGCGGGUUCAUCGGGUUCGGGUUCAAUCGGGUUGCGGGCAAAUCGGGUUGCGGGUUCAUCGGGUUUUGGGUCGGGCGGGUUGCGGGCGGAUCGGGUUUCGGGUUGUUCGGGCCAGCGCAUCAAGUAACUUAACUCAUUACUCAUUACCAACUUACUCAUUUUAUUACACUAAUUUAAAAUAUUUUCUCAACUUUUUAACCAAUUUAUUUCUACCUCGUAUAUAUAUACUUUAUUUUUUUGAAAAAAACUAGUCAAAAUGUUAAAUCAAUUUGUAUGACUUGCAAACUUGUUAUGUAAUUAAUCAUAAUGGGUAAAUUAUUAUAGCUAAUAGUAAUGAUGAUAUCAAUAUUUGCAACCAAAAGACACUAUUAAUUGUUUAUUUGAUAUUUUAGUAUUAAUUCAGUAGUAAUUGAAUUAAAGUAUCUCGUUUAGUAUAACCAUGCAAAUAUGGUAUUUGGCGUGUGGUAUUUGGCAAAAGCAUAGUGAUAAAAGGAGUUAUUUCGAAAUAACUCAUUGCCCAAAUAACUUCAGUAAACUGUUGCCAAACGAGUUAUUUGUAAAAUUGUUUGAAUUAUCCUAAAAAUUGAACCAUUAAAGAUUAGCUAUCAAAUUUAGUAAAAUUAUUGUGACUUCAAUCAUAACUUACUCAAUAGCAUAUAUCCUAUACACUUAGCCUUACCCUCAAUAAACAAUAUUAAGUUAGUAUUUGUUGUUGAUUGUAUACCCUAAACCAUCAAUACAUUAUACACUAACCACAUAGUCUAUACCCUAUACCCUAACCAUAUGUCUUUGAGUUGUGAUUUUGCUAGUAUAGUUAAUUUAAAAGUGAAAUUCAUACUUUGAUUUUCAAAACAUAGAUAAAAAGUGAUAUUUGCUAAUUGUUAUACCCUAACCAUAUAUCAUAUACUUUGCACCACAUACCUUGUACCCUAACCACGUACCAUAAACAUAAAUUAAAAAGGGAUCU